AUGUCGUCUCUGGCUCGUCGUCUCCGUGGCAUCUUCACCUCACCUCUGCCGGCCACCACCAAAACUCCAGCUAAAACCAUCAAGCGUUCGUCUUCCAAUAACUCUACACUUAAAGAAAUGAUCGACAAGUUCAAGAAAUCCUCAGACUCCAAGCGAUUCCGAUCCCGCUACGGGUACUACGAGAAAGCGGUCCUCACCCUAGCCAAGGCCAAAAAAUUCUCAUUCAUCGAAGACAUCCUGGAACACCAAGAACAGUACAAUGAGAUCUCCACCGAAGUCUUCGCGGUCAGACUCAUUACUCUAUAUGGGAAAGCGGGCAUGUUCGAGCAUGCCCACAAACUGUUCGAUGAAUUGCCAAAGCUGAACUGCGAGCGCACCGUCAUGUCCUUUAAUGCUCUUUUGUCAGCGUGCGUUAAUUCGAAGAAGUUUGAUAAGAUUGAUGGGUUUUUCCAAGAGUUACCGGGGAACUUAGGGAUUGUCCCCGACGUCGUUUCAUACAAUAUUCUUGUUAAUGCAUUUUGUGAGAUGGGGUCAUUGGAUUCAGCACUUUCGGUGCUUGAUGAGAUGGAGAAGGUUGGCUUGGAGCCUGAUUUGAUUACGUUUAAUACCCUUCUCAACGCGUUUUAUCAGAAUGGUAGCUAUGCUGAUGGCGAGAAGAUAUGGGAUUUAAUGAAAAAGAAUAAUGUUGCUCCUAAUGUCAGAAGUUACAAUGCCAAGUUGCAAGGAGUGAUUUCAGAGAAUAGAAUGUCAGAAGCAGUUGAAUUAAUUGAUGAGAUGAAAACCAGUGGGAUCAAACCUGAUGUGUUUACUCUCAAUUCUUUGAUGAAAGGCUUUUGCAAUGCUGGAAACCUAGAGGAAGCUAAAAGGUGGUAUAGUGAAAUUGCGAUAAAUGAGUUGCCUCCUGUUCGGGCUACUUACAUGACGCUCAUCCCAUUUCUUGUUGAAAAGGAUGAUUUUGAAAUGGCUACUGAGCUGUGCAAGGAAGUCUUCAGAAGGCGCUGGCUUAUUGAACCGGCUUUAUUGCAGCAGGUGUUGGAGGGGCUGGUUAAAGAGUCAAAAAUUGAAGAAGCAACUGAGCUUGUGGAAUUGGCAAAGUUGAAGAAGUUUAGCAUUACACUGGAACUGCCUUCAGAUAAAUAG